AGCACUGAAAGAGAUCAGUCAUGGCGGGUGAUGCCAUCAUGGUCGUGAAAGGCUUGACAAAGCUUAGUAAAGCAGUCCUAGAAACUCAAGCAGGACAGCUUCGGCAGAUGCUUUUUGGGGGCGAUGCAGUUACCAUUGCAAGGAGUCUCCAGGCCACUGCUGAAGAACAGUUCAGUUCUGUCUUGGGGAAAAUGCAGGAACUAGGUAAACAGCAGGAGAACUUAACUGAUCUCAGUGAGGAUUUUGGGAAGAACUAUGACCUCUCAGCCCGAGAACCAUCAGAUGCUCAAAUGGACUUCUCCACUGCCCCUGGCAAGCCCCACGAACACAGCAGUGAAGGCCCUGCUUACUCUUACACUACAAAUGGACCUUUUAGAAGUGUUGGUGAGACUGGAGAUUCUGAUAUGGGUCAGAAGCCUUUCCCUCCCAAAAUGGAUGCAAGGUUAUUUGGAGGCUUUAGGGACCCUGGAAAUCCUUUUGCUGCUGCCUUUGGACAAAACAGGGCUUUUCACCAAGACCAUUCCUCUGUUAGUGGAUUAACAGCUGAAGAUAUUGAUAAAGCCAGACAGGCCAAAACUGGUUCAGAGCAGAAACCCUACAAACAGAUGCUCAGUGAGCAGUCCCGGGAGAGGAAAGUUCCUGUCACAAGGAUCGGACGGCUCGCCAACUUUGGAG